AAAACAAAACAAACCUUUUUAAUUAAAAUCGGCUUUGUUCCAAACACUAAUGAUAGCUAUGCAUCUCCUUUUGACACCUUUAUUUAACCUUCUUUUUUUAAAACAUUUUCCACAUUCAAUUUCCAAACGCAUCAUUAUCAUUCUUAUUAUAAUUGCUAUUGUUAUUAAAUAUUACACAAAUAGACCGUGUAUAGCUUAACUUGUUCGGUGUUUUUAGAUAUAAUUGUUUCCCACCAAAGUGAUUUACAAAUAAAAAUUCAAACUUUACCCAUUUGACAAAUUUAAAUCCUUGCCUUCCUCCUGUGGGCUGUGUAAACAAAAUUUUACCGCGUGGCAAAAAGAAAAAAAAAGGCUGGCUCGAGGAGGGGCCACCGGGUCAGAUUUCCACAGGAGUGCGACCCCUGAUCUGCUCACGACGAACCACGUAUGUUGAGGCUGCGCGCAGACGCUGAUCUGUAAGCAACACCUCAGCCCGUGGCCUUCGGCGGUGACCUAUCCAUGUGAUUUACAGAUCCGUGGUUUAGCCGCGGAAAGUCCUAGCCCUCCCUACUCUCUGAGCAUCCUUCCUAACAAGCAGGAAAAAAGAAGCCAAACACGCAAAAGUUGUCCUUUGACUCGCCAAAGUAGGAGUCGAAAUGGAUAAAAAGGAGAGAUUUGCGUGACCGAAGCAAACAGCUGGCUUUAACUUUUUUCCUUCGCUAAAAGAAUGAUAACAUAGUCUGCACUUCUGGUGUCUUUUUUUGUGUGUGAGAGGACGGCAAAAACGUUAACAGUGGAAAAGUUUAAGGCAGCGUCGGACUAUGGCGCGGGAGAGCGAAGAUACCGGGAUGGCGAAAGCUUCAAAAGCCAAAAGGCAACGAAAGAAAAAGCCCAAGGAGAACAAAACCAGGACUGUUCACGCAAACAUCCACUAUGACAACGCCAAAGGCGAGGAAAACCCUAACAGACACUACGCUACCAACAAAAUUAAGACGACCAAGUACACGGUGCUGUCAUUUCUACCAAAGAACCUCUUCGAGCAGUUCCACCGCUUCGCCAACGUUUACUUCGUCUUCAUCGCGUUGCUCAAUUUUGUCCCGGUUGUCAACGCAUUUCAGCCCGAACUUGCCCUGGCUCCUGUAGCUUUUAUAUUGUCUGUCACUGCCAUCAAAGACCUCUGGGAGGACUACAGAAGACACAGGUCGGAUAAAGAAAUCAAUCACAUGGACUGUCUGGUCUACAGCAGAGAGGAUAAGCGCUACGUGGAGAAGUACUGGAAAGAAGUGCAUGUUGGGGACUUUGUCCGUCUGCGAUGCAAUGAGAUUCUCCCCGCCGACGUCCUACUGCUGAGCUCCAGCGACCCAGAUCGCCUGUGCCACAUCGAGACCGCCACACUGGAUGGAGAGACCAACCUAAAGCAGAGGCAGGUCGUCCGCAGCUUCUUCGAGUUGGACUGUGACUUUGACCCACUAAAGUACAGCAGCAUAAUUGAAUGUGAAAAGCCCAACAAUGACCUGAACAGAUUUCGAGGCUACAUAAUCCACCGAAGCGGCAGAAGAGACGCACUUUACAAAGAAAACCUCCUCUUGCGAGGCUGCACCGUCCGCAACACGGAGGAAGCUGUGGGAAUAGUCAUUUAUGCAGGUCAUGAGACCAAAGCCAUGCUCAACAACAACGGCCCGCGUUACAAGCGCAGCAAGCUGGAGAGACAGAUGAAUGUGGAUGUGUUCUGGUGUGUCAUCAUCCUGCUGGUGAUGUGCCUGUUCGCUGCUCUUGGUCAUGGGCUGUGGAAAUUUCAGUAUGGAGAUAAGAGACCUGUGUUUGACGUUCUUAGUCCUGAAGGAACAGACUUAUCAGCCCUCAUGUCAGCCAUUUAUCUCUUCCUCACUAUGAUCAUCGUCUUUCAGGUGCUGAUACCCAUCUCACUUUUCGUGUCAAUUGAAAUUGUGAAGAUCUGCCAAGUUUACUUCAUCCAUCAGGACAUGGAUCUCUACGACGAGGAGACAGACUCUCAGCUGCAGUGCAGGGCACUUAAUAUUACAGAGGAUCUGGGCCAGAUGCAGUACAUCUUUUCUGACAAGACAGGCACGUUGACGGAAAACAAGAUGGUGUUCCGACGCUGCACAGUGGCCGGGGUGGAGUACUCCCAUGAUGCCAAUGCUAGAAGAAUCGCCAUGUAUCAGGAAAUUGAUUCUGAGGAGGAAGAAUGUAUGUCCCAUGGUGGCACCCUGCCCAGACGGGACAGUGUUACCAGCCAUCAAAGCGGACGUGUGGUGUUGCGCUCCCACAGCACCAAGUCCCACCGCCGGACAGGGAGCAGGGCUGAGGCUAAGCGGGCCAGCAUCCUCUCUAAGCACACAGCCUUCAGCAGCCCUAUGGAGAAAGACAUCACCCCUGACCCCCAGCUCUUAGAUAAAGUCAAUGAAUGCAGCAGUCAGUUGGACUUCAUGCGCUUUCACCGCCAGCCCAUGUCCCAGCUGCCCUCUGACCUCUGUGACAUCAUUGAUUUCUUUAUCGCUCUCACAAUCUGUAACACCGUGGUGGUGUCCUCUCCCAAUCAGCCCAGGCAUAAGGUCCGAACAAGGUUUGAACUGAAGUCUCCAGUUAAGACCAUCGAAGACUUCAUUAAACGCUUCACCCCCAGCCGCCUCACCUCAGGCUCUAACAGCAGCAGCUCUUCCAGUCUGAACCGCUCUUCCAACAAGGGAUGCUCCAGCUUGCUUUCCUCUCCCUCGGCAGAGAGCACACUGACCAAACUAAAUGAGGAGCAGCUUUCCAGCACCUUGGAGCAGGCUUUCAGCCCCCUUGCACCCUGCUAUGAUGGGAAGGCCUCUGGUAGCCCCGAGGAAGGAGAGCUGCGCUACGAGGCAGAGUCGCCCGAUGAGGCUGCAUUGGUCUAUGCUGCCAGGGCUUACAAGUGCUCCCUGGUUGGACGCCUCCCUGACCAGGUGACGGUGGAACUGCCUCAUUUGGGGAAGCUGACCUUUGAGCUGCUGCACACGCUGGGCUUUGACUCCACCAGGAAGCGCAUGUCGGUGGUGGUGAGACACCCACUCACUGAUCAAAUCACUGUUUAUACCAAAGGAGCAGACUCUGUCAUCAUGGACCUCAUCAAAGCCCCUGACGCAGGCAACUCUAAAGGAAAACGACAGAAAAAGAUUUUCUUCCGGACACAGAGCUACCUGAACCUGUACGCUGCAGAUGGCCUUCGCACACUCUGCAUUGCAAAAAAGAUUUUGAGCAAAGAGGAAUAUGCCCGCUGGCUGCAGCAUCACCUAGAGGCUGAGACCGCCAUUCAGGGAAGAGAGGAGCUGCUCUUUGAGUCAGCCUUGAGGCUGGAGACAAACCUCCACCUGUUAGGAGCGACUGGCAUUGAGGAUCGGCUGCAGGACGGCGUCCCUGAAACAAUAGCUUCACUGCGGAAAGCCGGCCUGCAGAUCUGGGUGUUGACAGGUGACAAACAGGAAACAGCAGUCAACAUUGCCUACGCCUGCAAACUGCUGGACCCUGAUGAGGAGAUGCUGACAUUGAACGCUGACUCCCAGGAGGCGUGUGCUGUGUUGCUGGAGGAAAGUUUACAUUACAUCCAGGCCAAAUUCUUCUGCAGCUCCGGAGAUCAAUCCACCAAGACCUUCCAAAGUAACUUUGCACCCUUUGAGAUGUAUCCCUCCUCAUCUCUUUCAACCACCUCCUCCCACACUUCUCACUUCUUGGUGCACCGGUUGGGCUUGGUGAUUGAUGGGCGGACCUUGGCCUAUGCCCUGGACAAGAGCUUGGAGGAUAAGUUCCUGGCAGUGGCUCGUAGCUGCCGCUCGGUGCUAUGCUGCCGAUCCACGCCUCUGCAGAAGAGCAUGGUGGUCAAACUGGUGCGGAACAAGCUAAAAGUCAUGACCCUGGCAAUAGGUGACGGAGCUAAUGAUGUCAGCAUGAUCCAGGUAGCGGACGUUGGCGUGGGGAUAUCUGGACAGGAGGGCAUGCAGGCAGUGAUGGCGAGCGACUUUGCUCUCCCGCGUUUCCGUUAUUUGCAGAAGCUCCUGCUGGUGCAUGGACACUGGUGCUACUCUCGACUGGCAAACAUGAUCCUCUACUUCUUCUACAAGAACGCUAUGUUUGUAGCAACCGUCUUCUGGUAUCAGUUCUACUGUGGGUUCUCUGGUUCUGCCAUGAUUGACCAGUGGUACCUCAUCUUCUUCAACCUGAUGUUCUCCGCCUUUCCUCAGCUUAUCACUGGCACUCUGGACAAAGACGUGUCGGAAGAGACGCUCCAGCAACUACCUCAGCUCUAUGUGAAUGGCCAGAACUCUGAGGAGUAUAAGCCGUAUAUGUUCUGGAUGAACAUGAUUGAUGCCUUUUACCAAAGUCUGGUGUGCUUCUUCAUUCCUUACUUUGCCUACACUGACUCAGACGUGGAUCUGUUUACAUGGGGAACGCCCAUCACUGCCAUAGCUUUAUUCACCAUCCUGGUGCAUUUAGGGAUUGAGACCAAAACCUGGACCUGGAUGAACUGGCUGUCAAUAGCCUUCAGUGUAGCCUUAUUCUUCAUUGUUGCUCUGUGUUACAAUGCCUCCUGUCCCACCUGCUACUCCCCCUCAAACCCCUACUGGACCAUGCAGAGGCUGCUGCAGGACCCUCUCUUCUACCUGCUGUGCACCAUCACACCUGUGGCUGCGCUGCUGCCUCGAUACUUCUACAGGUCGUGUCAAGGCACACUGUUUCCAAGCCCAGUGCAAGUUGGAAGGCAGUUAGAUAAGCUCCCUUCCGACACCCGCAAGAACAUCCUCAGUCUGAGCAGGGUCAAGAUGGGGUCAUCGCUGAGUCCUGAGUCCCCCUUCCUAUCACUCAACAAGCCCAAAGGAUCACAGAACAAACAAAGUUCUUUGUUACAAACUAAUAAAGACAGGGGUCAAAACAGCUCAUCAGUGCCUUCAUACAGUGAGAAACACCCCUCAGAUAUCUACCCAUUAGCUCCAUCAGAGCAAGACAUUUCUUCAUACACCAGAAACAGCUCUCGGCUCUACUGCGAGCCAAAACCACACUCCACCAAAGACUCACACUGUCUAAAUGAGACUUUACAGCUAUCAGAUCUGAGUCUGUCCAGCUGGAUAGCUUCCACACCUCUGGUCACACAGACAGGCAGCAUCCACCUGAACCUGCCCCCUGACGGAGCCUCACAGUGUGUUAAAUACACAAGGAGCUCAGAGGAAGGACUCUGCUCCGACCAUGUUGUCCAGCCAGCACACAGGACUGUGCAUGUGACUGAACAGGCUCUGUACACUGCUUUAUGAUGUCUUACAGUACAACCCCUGGCAGAAACCAUGGAGUCUUUGAUGAAGUAUAGUCAGUUGUUUUACUUUGGUGGAUGAAUAUUUAACAGCUGGAAGGGUCUAUAAAAUAUACUUUAAAAACGUGAAAAUUUUGUAUUUAAUAGCAAUUUUUUACGGAUCAAGUAGAGGAUAAACUGAUAUUUUCAUUUAAAUAAAAUAGUGCUAUUUAUCAAUCAGGUUCCAACAUUGUUGUGGAGAAAUAGACUGAUCAGCUUUAUAGACCUUUUUUAAUUUUUAGCCAUAAAUCUACAAGUUUGACUGAGAUCAGAAUUUCGGUCAUUUUCCCAUCUCCGAUAUUGUUUUAAUAUUUGUUUCUAAAGCAAUGGCCUCUCGAUAUGGAUUUUAAUCUGUUCAAAUUCCUCCUAAAGAACUAUCAUCAGAAAUUUAUUGAAAACAUGUUUUUUACCCUCCAUGCUGUGAGCAGUCAUUAAUUAUUCCUUAUUAAUAUUUUUAGAAAAAGGAAAAAAAACACCACAAAACAGGAUUUUAAUAUUUUAAAACGAAGACAGAAUCAUUACUUAGUUGCUGUUUUAAACUGUCUUUAGCGUCUUAAAUUAGCAUGUAGCAUGGCUACAGCUACUAAAACAUCUGUCUCCUUGUGUAUUUGAGUCUAGAUUCUCACCUUUAUUUAAUUUCCAAAAAGCUGCCAACAUUUCCAAUUCCUGCGAGUUCCACAUCAGACAGGCUGAACGUUUGAAAGGACAAAAACAGAGCAACUUUGCUGGAAUGUAUUCAGCCUUCCUGUUAUCUGUGCUCUCUCACAGCCUGAACUGCUGACAAUGAAGCUGUUUUGUAUUUCUCUGGCUUCAUUUCUGAAUAUCACCGUAAUGGUCAACUUCUUUACUCAGUAACCACUUCCACAGCAAGGAGUGCUGUCAGCGCAGCCUGUUCACACUUAGUUUUUCCUCUGCUUAAUCUUAAAAAAAGAUGUUGUAUUAAUUACAACCGUUUCCAUAAUUUUUUGAGACAUGUUUUAUGAAACUGUUAAAUAAUAGUUUAUUUUUUUAUGUGUGAUUUGUUUUUAUUUUGUUCCAUAAAACAACUGACUGAACAUACUCAGAGUAGACCAUCCAUAUUCUUUGCCUGGGGUUGUUGUAUGUUACUCAUUCUCUAUUUGCACAAUAGUUUUUUAAUCAGUUUUGUUGUAUUCAUUUUUUAUUUCUUUAAAACAUAUGGAAAAAGGUACUUUAGUUUUUCUAUGUACAGCUAAAGUCAUUUUGUUUCAGAGAUUUGGGAGAAGGAAAGCCUGGAAAGUUUAGUUUUAGUCCUGGAAAGUUUUUCAUUUCUCAUAGAAAUUCAUCUCAUUAUUGAUCAGGUUCCAUCGUACAUGGACAGAAUGAAGACAUUUCACUGCUGACUUGUUAGGGAGUUUGUUUCCUCUCUGAACCAAAACUGUCAGCUCAGCCUGAAAGGGCAUGAAAACCUGGAACAGACACCACAGUGGCCUUGAAUCCUUGCUGGAAUUGCUUCCAAGGAAAGAAGUUUUAAAUACUCUCUGCCUGAUUUUAGCCUGUUUAUAUUGACACACAGCAGAUAGUGGCCUUGGCCUAGUGGGAUCAGUGGACUGGUUAUUGUCGUUGUUGGAUCACAUUCAUUUCACCCUAAUUGAAACCAAAGCAUCUUUAUAGAUAGUAUGUUGUACAAUAAAUUGCAAUGAAUUUUCUGUGCUCAGUCAAGAUAUAAUUUAGCAUUAUGGCCAUUCAUAACAGAUGUUUCAUUUCAAUCUGUGUCCACAGACCCUACCAGGUAUUUUGCUCUGUGUGAGUGAGUGUAUAUUGGUUGGAGCAGAGACGUUCUAGUUUCAAGGUUGUUUGAUGGGCGAGAUCUUGGUUUGCCGUAAACAUCAGGACAAUAGGGAAAGUGAAAAAGCCUUAAAGUAUUUCCAUCUUUUAUUGCAAGAGAACAAUUUUGAAAAAUCAAACCUUUGACGAUAUUUAGUGGAUAAACAGUUCAGCCCAUUUUCAGUGUGCUGGUAGACUCCACCAGAUUUUAUUCACCGGAGCAUAUUCAUCCUAUGCUCAAUCUGAGUCUAAACUGACCCAAGCACACAGUUCCAAUUAAUAUUCCAGCAGAGUUUAGCAAACACCAUCGUUUACUUUGGUUGUGGUAGAACUCACAACAGCUAGGUGGUAUGUAGAAAGUUAGAAUGGUUCUUAUGGAGACUUGAUGACCCCAAGAUGCCACUCUUUGCUUCAGUUUUCUAGCAGUGACCUUUGCCAUUUACUCACCUCCCUUACCAUCCUCCCCAGUGUGUGUGAUGGCAAGAUAAAUAUGGCUUCUCUUCCAGCUUGUGGCUAAAAGAAAUCGUCCUCUACGUCAUGUUCUGUUUACAGAGAACAGGAAGUCGUGAAAUACUAGUUAGAAGUUGUGAGAUACUCUAAUCAACCUAAGAAAUUAUAGCAUAUAUAAGAAAGCUCUUCAGUUGUAUUUAUUUAAAAGGGAUUCUUAGGAUUAUGAACAGUUGAGCUACUUGUGAUUUUGUUACAAUUAGUUCCUAACAUGGAUUUUUUUCCCAUUUAACUUUUUCAGUAUUAGAUUAUGCUCCUGCAAUGAAAGAUGGAUUUAUUUUAGUCAUCUGCAUCCUACUGAUCUUUAGCAGAAAUGCCACUAAAAGUGUUUUUUCCAACUGCAGGACAGUUGUGCAUUUUAACACAAUCGUUGUGCCGUAUAGUGAAAAAAAAGAUUUCCUGCUUGAGCAUCUGUUGUACUCCCAUCCAUCAUGGCUAACCACAGGACACCAGUAUGAAAGGAAGGUGGAUGAGACCUCCUUUAAAGAGGACUGUUUGAAAUGGCAUGUGUGUUUCUGCUUACUCACUGAAUUUCGUCUUAGGACACCUGGCUACUUUCAAUUAAAAGUAAAGAUAAAAAGGGGGGAAUUUAGUGACCUUCUUGUCAAAAGGUCAAGAAUUAUGCAAAUCCCACAACUGUCUGGUUUAGACUAGAGUUUGGAUUUGAACGCCUAUUUUUUUGUCUUAUUUUUUGUUUCUUUUGCCAAAAAACAAAUAUAUAUAUAUACUUUUACCUUCUUGAAAGCUCCGUUUCAUGGAUAAAAACACAGGAGUUUGCCAAUGAAUAGGCAAAGUUUCUAGAAGGUAACUGCUCCAAGCCAGUGACUUGAGUAUUUGAAUCAUUUAGAGAAACAGGACAUUGCCAGAUAACAAGUGAGAUGUUGUCACUCCUACAAGAAGCCAAGUUAGUUAACUUAAUUUGUUUUACUCUUACUGCACAAAUGUGGAGCUUUAAGUCCACUUAUUAAGCUCAUAUAAGACGUUUGCUGUGAUAAAGACUGAAGAGAGGUUAAGGGCUAACCUUGCUACCAGCUAGCUCGGAGAAGUGCUAAUAAAAGCCAUGCAGCAGUGUCUCUUAAAGCUAAUUCAUGUACAUUUUUCAUCUUGACCAUUUUGGGUCUUGAAGCAGCAAAUACCAUAAAUAUGCUAAAGUGUGUUAAGCAUACGCCUUUACAAUUUUAGCAAGCUUUAGAAGAGCUAGGAUGCAGUUUGUUUUUGGAGCUCUAAACAUAGGUUUGCAUCCAGUCUUUAGUGCUAAGUUAACUGCUGUCUGGCAAUAAACUGGUACUCAAAAUACAAAAAAUAUUAAGUUCAAGCAAACAACCAGUUUCCUUUUGCAAAGUAAAGAUUUUCAUGGGUUGGUGUUGUCUUCAAAAGCAGAUUGUAAUCACAAAUGCAGCGCUAGAGGACAGUUGUUAUGCAGCUGUAGUUACUUUAGUUCUGUCCAAAGAUAAAGGGGCCUUAAAACCCACGUUAAUGCAAACUAGUAAAACCUCCAAUGAGUUUCUGCACUUGGCCCAAAGGUAGUUGGUGUUUACCAGCUGUAAAAUCACAAAUUAUGUUUUGUUUUUUAACAAUUGGGAUAUUGUAAUUGGUGAGAUUUUGAGCCUCUAGGAGGCCGCUUUUCCUUACAGUCUAAGCUUAGCUAAAUGUACCUUUGUGGAUCUCAAGUUGUAAACAAGCAAGUGAGCAGAUAUAAAACUAUUCAAACUAUGUACAGCACAUUGAGUUGAUUUUUUUGCUUUGAUGUUUCGCUUGAAGGUCCUUUUGAGAGCUUCUAUCACAUGCUGAUUUUUAGUCAGUCAAGUGUCUUUCUGCCAGUGCUGAAUGGUCUUUCCAAAUGAGAUUCUUUUUACAUUUAUGUUUGCACUUUAAAGCAUUUUGUUAGACCUGUCAUUGAAAAUGUCUGUUGUUGCACAUGUUUAUUGUUAAAAUGCAAUGUGCAAAAACAAUGUUUUAUUCAGUUUCUUUCAACCAAUAGUACCUUUUUGUUGUGCGUAAAAACCAUGUAUGGAAAACUGGCUAAAUGCAGCGAUUCUAUUGAGAAGCAUUACCUUUAACUGCGUUCAAUGUAAUGCAGUGUGUUUUUUGUAAAAAGCAAACCAAAUGCCAAAGAUAAUUUAUGUCUGGCUUGUUUUUCUAACAGCAGUAUGUGCCUUGACACUGGAUAAGAAAUUGCUGAAUCUGUUUAAGUAUGAUUGAGCAUUUUUGUGUUUGUACAGAUAUUUAUGAGGCUGUGUGAUGUCUUCGCUCCUGACGUUUUUCCCCUUUUUCAUUGCUUUUUCACACAGGUUCUUUUUCAGGCAUGGUGUUUAUAUUUAGACUCCUCAGUCCGUUCAUCUGUUUCGUCAGUUCUGUUCGUCCUGUACCCUCCGCAGCACACUGCUAGUGCCAGAAGGAAGCUCAUUCGUGUUCUGCUGCAUUCUGUCAGUCGGAUUUCCCCUUGUUACAACACUGAGCUUUUGCACAGCAAAAUUCCAAGUAUAUAUGGUAGUUGAGCUUUUUUGGGAUGCUCCUUAUAAUUUUCUUUACACUGUCAGACAUAAAAGACUAAAACAUUGCUUUUUGUCCUUGGUCUAAAUAUCUGUUGCAACCAAGUUCUUAGUGUAAAUGAAACGUUGGCAGGAAAUGCUGAAUUGCUUCUGCACAAUAAAGAAUGUGGAAAACCGCAUUAGAUUCUGUUCCAAAGUACAAUGUUCAGCAUCAAGUUCCCGUUAUUUUAAGUUGUUUCAGAUGUUCUGUACAUGGGUGCCUGUAUCAAAAUAAAACUGCAAGAAUAAAGUAAAAUUUUAACAAA